AUGGUGAGGCCAGGUGAGCCCCGGGCUGGCUCCGGGCCGGAGCGACCCGCUCCCCGCCCCGACACCUGCGCGGCGCCGCCCCGCAGCGCCCGGGGCCAGGCGGGGCCCGCCGCCGCCUUAAAGCCCGGCCGCCCCCGGCACCUGCCUUCCCUUUUCCCUACCUUCCUCCUGGCUCUCAGCCCCGAGCGCUCCGGACCGCGCCGGCGACAUGGGUAUGUGUGGCGGUGCGGGCUGGGGCAGCCCGGAGCGGGCGGCGGAGCGGCGGUGCCCGGCCCGCCGGAGGGAUGGCCCCGGCAUGAGCAUCCCUCCGAGCCGGGUGAUCGUGCCGGGAUGUGGGCUGACAGCGCGGCCGAGGGUCUCGCCCGCCCAGGGCUGCCUCUGCUGCUCGGUGUCGGUCUGAGGAAACACCCGGCUGCUCUUGGGUCUCUGCUCUCCCUCCGGGGCAGUUCUCCCUCUGGCAACGCUGUAUCCUGGUUUAUGCACCCUUGCCUUGAAACCCGAGUGAGAGCCGACAGAUGGUGCCUCGGUCUCUGUGGAAAAACUACCGGCAAGUCGGUGCUCUGCUUUGGCUUCCCUUUGAGCAUUUUCUUCAUCGUCAUCAAUGAGUUCUGCGAGAGGUUCUCCUACUAUGGCAUGAAAACUGUGCUCACUUUGUAUUUCACACGUUUCCUACACUGGGAAGACAACUUUGCCACUGCCAUCUACCACACAUUUGUUGCUCUGUGUUACUUGACGCCGAUCCUUGGAGCAAUGAUUGCAGACUCUUGGCUGGGAAAGUUUAAGACCAUUCUCUACCUGUCCAUUGUCUAUGCGAUUGGGCAGAUAGUGCUGUCUGUGGGCUCCAUAAAUGACCUGACGGAUCACAACCACGAUGGCACUCCUGAUACUAUAGCAGUGAACAUCGCUCUGUCCAUAGUUGGCUUGGUCCUUAUUGCCUUGGGUACUGGUGGGAUCAAACCGUGUGUGUCAGCAUUUGGUGGAGAUCAGUUUGAAGAUGAUCAGGAAAAGCAAAGAAGUACCUUCUUCUCUCUAUUUUAUUUGUCCAUUAAUGCCGGAAGUCUCUUAUCUACUUUAGUCACUCCAACUAUCAGAGCUUCAGAGUGUGGCAUUCAUACCAAACAGGAAUGUUACCCACUUGCUUUUGGAGUUCCUGCUAUCCUCAUGGCUAUUGCCUUGGUUGUGUUCGUAGCUGGAAGCAAAAUGUACAAGAAAGCUAAACCACAAGGAAAUGUAAUGCUUGAAGUUUCCAAAUGUGUUGGAUUUGCCAUCAAAAACAGGUUUCAACAUCUCAGCAAGGAGUUCCCCAAGAGAGAGCACUGGCUGGACUGGGCAAGUGAAAAGUAUGAUAAACGACUGAUUGCUCAGAUAAAGAUGGUGUUGAAGGUGCUUUUCCUUUACAUCCCUCUUCCCAUGUUCUGGGCAGUUUUUGACCAGCAGGGGUCAAGAUGGACACUGCAAGCCACAGCAAUGAAUGGGGAUUUUGGUUUUAAAAUUCAACCAGACCAAAUGCAGAUUGUGAAUCCAAUCCUGAUUGUUAUAAUGGUCCCAGUUGUAGAUUCUUUGGUUUAUCCUUUAAUCAAGAAAUGCAAGCUGAAUUUUACGCCCCUGAAGAAGAUGACUGUGGGGAUGUUCCUCGGCUCUAUGGCUUUUGUUGCUGCUGCCCUUGUGCAAGUGCAAAUAGAUAAAAGCUAUCCAGUUUUCCCUGCAGCUGGGCAAGCUCAAAUUAAAUUAAUAAAUCUGGGUUCUGUUCCUGCAACAGUUCAGUUCCAGCCUCAACUUCAGAGUGUGGAUGUAGCACCUAAUAAGGAGACUGGCUACAUGACAUUUGAGACUUCUAAACUGCAGUCAUUAAACAUAACUUCUGGAACUCUAAAUACAACUGAGUCUUUGGAUCUGACAGAGAAACAACGUUACACUUUCGCAUUUAAAUGGCAUCCAGCAAAGAUCAGUUACAAUUUGAUAGAGGACAAUAUCACAGCAAAACCAGCAGAUGGAAAAAGUCUCGUCAGGUUCAUAAACAAUUCCAAUUUUACUGUCAAUGUUACUAUGGGUGACAUGGCUUUUGGAGAGCUGCAACCUCUUUCUGCCAGUAAUUACAGCGUCAUUUCAAACCCAGGCUGGUCAUAUACCAUUAAUGCUUCAAUGCCUAACACUUGUACAGUUGAUUCAAAGGAAUUCGGAUAUGGUGCUGCCUAUACCAUUUCACUUGAUGAUUGUGUUGGAAAAAAACUUAUCAUUACACACUUCGAAGAUAUUGCACCAAAUACAGUCCAUAUGGCUUGGCAGAUCCCUCAGUAUUUUCUUCUUACAUGUGCAGAAGUACUGUUCUCUGUCACUGGGCUGGAAUUUUCAUACUCACAGGCCCCGUCUAACAUGAAGUCAGUGCUGCAGGCAGGAUGGCUGCUGACUGUGGCUGUUGGUAACAUAAUUGUCCUUAUCGUGGCUGGGGCAUCUGCAAUCAAAAAGCAGUGGGCAGAGUAUGUGCUGUUUGCUGCCCUGCUGUUGGUAGUUUGCGUCAUUUUUGCUAUCAUGGCUUCUUUUUAUACCUAUAUUGAUCCAAAUGAGAUUGAAGCCCAGUUCAGCAAGGAAGAAAAGGAAGAAAAGAAGGCUCGAGAUGGCAAUGAAAAGGAAGCUGAAACUGUUUCUCGACUGUAAAGGAGUAUUC